AUGGUUACUCUGCUCCCUUCUCCCUGGCCACGUCCAGAUCUCAAGAAAGUCUCUGUUCACGCACCCGAAAGGCUGUCCUCCUGGUUCAACAUGCCGCUCUCCAUCUACCUUGUGCAGGGCUUCGUCGCCGUCCUGCUGGUCAUCUUUGGUGUCAACAUACAGACAACCGUGGCUCAAGCAACACCGCCGGCAUGUGUGAAUCAAGACCAGCCGAACCCGCUCUCGAGCCAGCACCCAAACAACGCAACUGGUGUUCUGAACGUUACCAUGGCUAUUAUCCCAAUCCCAAUGUCAGCAGCACGAUCAAUGGUUCCUUUUGGUAUUCUGGAAAACGCACUUCGAGCUGUGAUGCCCGAUUUCCCCGCCGGCAUGUACCCUGUUGUGGUCCAGGCCGGGCAUGACCACGAUAUUCGGUUUCAAGACAUCGGUAUUCCCGACUUCAGCAGAGCUGGCUUUGAAUUCCCCUUCGUGGAUCUCUUGGGUGACGGCACAUCAAGUUUCCGUUGGGCUCCCGAGCAACUCAUUUCAGCCUCCAACCCAAUGGCUGUCAGCGGUUCUCAGGCAUACGGCACCGAGGUUCACGCGGCCACUUUUGAUCCCGAAUGCAACGCCUUUGGGGUGCUUCCUCAAGGGGGCACGUACUUCAACGGUUCGGCCGGCGGCAAGUCCAUGGCUCUGGAGAUGCAGCGGGCGCCCGCAGACCAGCCGAUUCCGUACACCUUGGCCAUGUUUGAUACCAUUGUCAAUCAGCCCAUCUUCGCCAACGGCUCAACCUGCGAUCAACAGAUCCGGCUCUUCAACACUUCUUUGACCCAGGGCGCUUUUGAGCCGGUCCCCGUGCGCGGAACUGUCAAAUCCAACCUGGGUCCAUUCCGCGCCGACACCAAUUUUCCCGAUGCCGUCGGCUUCCAGGCCGCUACGCCGUUCAUCGAAAACAACUACCUUCCUUGCGACAUGUUUAGAGGAUACAACCCGGCCAAAACCACUUGA